GGCUCGGUUGCAGACAUGAUGUGUUAUGGUGUCCUUCUCAUGCUGACUUUAUCAGAAGUUUCAGAUGGAAACUAUUUUAUCUGUAAAAUUACCAAGUCCAUUACAUGCCAUGGAGUACAAGGAGAACCUCUUUUUCUACAGGUGAUGCCUGAUGCCACUGGAUAUUACCUAGUUUUAAAGGAAAUAACCCAGAAUGGUACGAGAGCGAUUUUUAGAUAUAAAAGAAACCAGUUUAUGUUCUUCAAAGAAACUUCCAGUUGGUCUGAAAUGCAGAGAUGGCACUUUACUGCAAAGAACGGGACUAUAUCUAUAAACCCAGCAACAGGAGACUCAGGAACAUAUCGAGUAGAGAUCCUCAAUGACGGCGAAGGGGAAAAUGUGGUUAACAUCACAUUUCAGAUUGAUAUUCAAAAUGCACAGAGCACUGUGACAUCCACUAACACACUGAUUACUGUCAAUGACAAUGCCAAGAUGGACACACCUGUUUACAUGAUUUUAACAUCAGCUUGUCUUGGCGUGAUCCUGCUGUGUGGGACUGUGGGUGUGCUCUAUGCCUAUGGCAGAGGAGAACACACACACACAAACCAGCUGAGACUGGAGAACGUUGAUGCGUCCAUACUGAAAAGAAGACAGGCAAAGCAACCAGAACAGGAGAGUUGUCAGGAGGAGAUGGCCAAUUGGGAGGUGAACUUGCCUACGGCCAGUAUGGAAUCUCCGAUUGUCGAGCCAGAGGAGAUUGUGUAUGCUGACGUUCGAUAUUCAAGAGUGACAGAGGAUUGA